AUUUAUUCCUAUUUAUUCGGCUUCCUGUUCUCUCUCUCGCUCUCGUGCUCUCCCUCCUUCCCUCCUUCUCUCCGGAUCCCUGCUCUCUCCCCGGAGCGGCGCGUCCGGCGCUCCGCCGCUGGCCGGGCGCGAUGCCGCACGUGGAGAUGUUGACGCUCCUGUUUCUGCUGCUCUGGAUGUGUGUGCGCAGCCAGGACCCGGGCUCCAAGGCCGUCGCCGACCGCUACGCCGUCUACUGGAACAGCAGCAACCCCAGAUUCCAGCGGGGAGACUACCACAUCGACGUCUGCAUCAAUGACUACCUGGAUGUGUUCUGCCCUCACUACGAGGACUCGGUCCCAGAAGACAAGACCGAGCGCUACAUCCUCUACAUGGUGAACUUUGACGGCUACAGUGCCUGCGACCACACUUCCAAAGGCUUCAAGCGAUGGGAAUGUAACCGGCCUCACUCUCCGAAUGGACCACUGAAGUUCUCCGAGAAAUUCCAGCUCUUCACGCCCUUUUCUCUAGGAUUUGAGUUCAGGCCAGGCCGGGAAUAUUUCUACAUCUCCUCUGCCAUCCCAGACAAUGGAAGAAGGUCCUGUCUAAAGCUCAAAGUCUUUGUGAGACCAACAAAUAGCUGUAUGAAAACUAUAGGUGUUCAUGAUCGUGUUUUCGAUGUUAACGACAAAGUAGAAAAUUCAUUAGAACCAGCAGAUGACACCGUACACGAGUCCGCCGAGCCAUCCCGUGGCGAGAACGCGGCACAGACGCCCAGGAUACCCAGCCGCCUCUUGGCAAUCCUACUGUUCCUCCUGGCGAUGCUUUUGACAUUAUAGCACAGCCUCCUGCCGUCGCCUGUCACAGAGAACCCCGGGGUCUUGGAACACCGGAGAUCCACCUAACUGCUCAUCCUAAGAAGGGACUUGUGAUUGGUUGCUUUGGCAGAUGUCAGAUUUUUGUUUGUUUGUGUGUUUUUUUUUCUUUUUUUUCAGCCUGAAUUCUAAGCAACAACCUGGGGCCUGUCGGGGGCUAACAUAGCUGCCGCCGCCUCCCUCACCCCCCACCCCAGCCCUUGCCCUUGCCGUUUCUCACCCCUUCCAAAUUAAACGGACUCCAGAUGAAAAUGCCAAAUUGUCGUAGCGACACCGGUGGUCAGCAGCUCCCGUAAGCGCGCCCUUUCUUCAGGGCCCCGUGUCAGCAGCAUGUGGACGAGGAAGAAGAGUGGCAGAUGCAGCCAGGGAUGGCGAGGCCCAGGAGGGCUCUCCCCUCCCAUCCAAUAUUUAUGCCUUUUCAUCCAGGACUGUAAGAGAACCGUGCAGGCCGUCAUGUCAAGUCCAGAGGGGAGGUAUUAAGGACAGAUAUAAUAUUACACUAUUUCCUCUAGGGUGUGUAAAUGAACAGGCUUCUAAAAGGUUGACACUUUUUUUUUUUUUUUUUAGAUGACUGUCUUGACAGCAAAAUGUGUGCUCCAUAAAAGAAGCCUAUUUUUCCUCCCCUAGGCAGUGGGUAGGGAGUGGGAAUGCUAGCACAGAGCAAGUGCGAGUGACAUCAGAGGAAACAGGUUCGGUGGGGGUGUGUAUGUAUGAGUGCCUCUUAAUUUUUUCGGUGACUGGGCGGUAUACACCGGAUUAUUUUUCCCUCUGACUACAGAUCACCAUGGUGCUACAACUAUUUUUGUUUUUAAAGGAAAUUCAAAGAGGCAUUUUUAUGACUAAAGUGACCUUCCCCAAGGCUGACAAGCCAGGGUUGCUGAGUGCAUCACGGAAUAGCUUUGAAUCCUCCUCUGGGGCCACACUGCGUACCCAGGAACGCGUGUCCGUGGCCGGAGGAGCGGUGGGUUGGCUUUGCUGGAGCACCAGCUGUGCCGUGGCCUUUCCCCGACUCCCGCCCUAGCGCCCCCGUUCUGCUCCACCCUCAGUGACCACGGGGCUCGGACACACGCCCCUGGCACCCGAGAGUCAGUCAGCAUGACCUGGGAGGGCUAAAGGGAAAUUGGGAAUAAGAAUUCCAAAGUGUGGAAUAAUAAAAAAAAAAGAAAUUCAAGUGUUGAUUUUAUAAUUCUUUCCCUUUCUGACACAGCCUGAAAGCAUAGGGGGAACGUGUGUUUAUCCGUGGGAGAUAAACAAGGUGGAGUCCCAAAGACUUUAACAAAAUAUUUUUUUAAAAAAUCCACUAGAAUAGAAAAUACAUUAUUUAGAUAUACUUUAUGCUGAGAGUGUAUAUGCUUGUCCUAUUUAAACUUGUGAGAGGAAAAAAAGUGGUAUCCCUUGAUUCUUUUAGAAAUAUGGAGGCUAUCUUGUUUCCUUGUGGGGGUGGGGCGGAAGGAGGUGCAGGAUGACCCUGUCUAUGUAAGGAAUCUCAGCAUGGCCAGCAAGGAAUGAUUCCCCUUAGCUACCAGGAAGCGCACGCCUUGGGGGUUCCCACUGGUGAGGCCGGCACAGACUCUGAACUGGGAAGCCCGGACAGGGAAGAGCGGCAGACCAAGGGGAAAGAAACCUUGCCUUUUCUGCUAUUGCACGACACACCAACAGAAAACAUGCCUUUCGAAAACAAAACAAAAAAUAUAUGUGAUGAACAUGUGAGAUGUGAACAAUUGGAAGAAUUCCAGCAAAAUAAGUGAUUUUUUAGAAUGUGUUCAAAAGAGAAAGAGAGGGGUCUUCUUAGGGACUGAUUUCGUGAAUGGGAACUCGGUAAGCAUCAGGAGGAGUUCUGAACUAGAGAAGAAUGUGCGGGAAGGCAGCUCUAAAGGCACUACUCGCCGGGGAGCUGUGCACGUGUUGACAUGGAACGUGGGCUUACCUGAUCUUCUUUGGGGGGAUGUGCCCUGGAAACCGAUGAGCGGGGCCAUCGGCCUCGCAGAUAUGAUCGUUCCUGUCCCCCCCAGGCACCAGGGCCUUCUCGGGAGUGGCGUGGCCGAGUCUUGUCACAGAGGCAGCCAGCAUUUCCCUGCAACAAAAGUUCACAGCAUUGGAUUCUUUUUUUCCCCCCUUCAACUAUUUAUCUGCUCAGUGUUCUCAGUAAUGUCCAAUGACACUUCUUUUUAUGAAUAGUUACAGGCUUGUUGGUCCAGUGGGAUAUGGUUAGGAGGGAGAGAGAUACCUUCCAAAAUGGAUCGAUAGUCAGAACCAGCAUAAUACUGCAUGUUCUAUAACCACAAGGAAAUCAAAUGAUCCUGUAAUGAUGCCAGUUAGUCAUAACUACAUUAGCAGUGCUAAUUUCAUUUUAGAAAUGGUGACUUCUGUGGUUUUCCUAGCAUUUGUCUCUAACAAAUGAUGAAAUAAUUACUCAUGGCCCUUCUCUGCCGCUCUCUUUUCAUUUUUCACGGUGAAAUUGGACCCCUUUCCCUUCACCAUUGUGCCCCUGCAAAUUAAGUUUAAAAAGAAAAAAAAAAAAAAAGUAGCAAGACUACCCACACCAGUAGACAGUGUGCUUCUCUACCUAUAAAGUGAUGUACCUGUAGGUCAUGCUUGCCGCGGAGUUUUCAAGAAGAUGAUUGAUAUCAGGCAGUUUUCAUCUCGACCAAAAAGUGCUGGUGGCCUUGUGGUGUCGUGACAACCCUCUGGGGGCUUAGGAAAAUGUCGAUGCAACUUUGUAGGAGCUUUUCAUUAAAAAAAAAAAAAAAAAAAAAAAAAUUCAAAAGCCUGAAGGGCAGCUUCCGCUGCCUCUCAGCCCGCUAGUCAGACCCCCUCGACCUUUGCCCCUGGUUGCCUAGGGCUUUGCAACACGAAGCAGGGAAAUGAGGAUCUGUGUUUAGUGGAUACCGUGUAUCCUGUGAUAGGCCAGGUAACAGUUUGUGUUAGUUUAGACUCUUGUUUUGUACUGUACUUUCUUGGGUGGCAGAGGAAAGAAAAGUAAAACAUUAAAAAAAAAAACAAAAAAAAAAAAAAACCACAAAAAAACAACUGCGUUCUUUAAAUUCUGUAUUAGCAAUCUCUGUUGUAUAUAGUGUUUGAUAAUAAAGUAUUAAUUUGAUUCU